GCUUUUGAAAUUACGUAUGUUCGUCUAAAAUUUCACACGAGUCGCCCCGAGAGUUUUGUCAUUUACAAACGAACAAGUGAAGACGAACCCUGGAUUCCUUACCAAUAUUAUAGCGCCACCUGUAGGGCCACUUACGGACUACCCGACAGUUUGUAUGUCAGCAACGACGAGGAGAUGAGGGCUUUGUGUACAUCCGAAUUCAGUGACAUUUCACCCCUCACAGGUGGAAAUGUGGCGUUCAGCACUUUGGAAGGAAGGCCUAGCGCAUACAACUUUGAAAACAGUCCAGCUUUACAGGAAUGGGUUACAGCUACAGACAUUCGUAUUUCUUUGAAUCGGAUGAAUACAUUUGGUGAUGAGAUAUUUGGUGAUCCCAAUGUUCUGAAAUCUUAUUAUUACGCCAUAACUGACUUUGCGGUAGGAGGAAGGUGUAAGUGUAACGGUCAUGCUAGUGGGUGUAUCGUCACAGGAGAAAGGGUUGAAGAACAGAGUCUGGCGUGUCGCUGUGAACACAACACUAGAGGUCGCGAUUGUGAUGAAUGUCUCCCUUUUUACAACGAUCUACCUUGGGCAAGAGCUACUGCAGCCACAGCUAACGAGUGUCAACGAAGAUUGGCAGCAAUAAGACAAAGAAAGCACCACGGGUAUUCAUUUACACUAGUAGGUAGAACGAUGGACACCUUGACUUCCUUCGACAGAAUUCCAAGAAAAAGACAAAAAGACAUAAGUUUAGUCAACCACUAUGGUAGAUGGAAAAAGUCGAGGAAGCUUGGAGGAAGAAAAGAGGUGAUAUAUGAAGAUGGUAGAAAUCAAGAACAUAACCAUCAAGCACAGAGGAACUGA